UUCCCUGUGUAGUUAGCAUAUUCCUUGCACUGAGCUCGGAGCUGACAGAAGUCUGAGAAGAAAAGAGAGGAAGAGAAAGUAGGGGAGUAAAGCAAAGCAGAACUCACAGAGGUUAAAGCAGAGAGUCUUUUAGAUACAGAAGUCAACGCCCCCCCUGUUAGGAGAAAAAAUGUCUGCAACCUUCUUAGAAGAUGGUCUAAAUGGAGUCAUGAUAAAUCCAAAAAGGAAAAAGGAAGAACCUCGUAACGAAAAGUACUUUGUAAUACGGAUUAAGAACACAGAUGAUGGCACUUCAAAAAAGGACGUGAUACAAUAUUUGAACCCUCUAGUAGAAAAAACUUUUAGCACCAAUCCUAAUCAUCUGAGUGAAGAAAUAAAGCAAAUAAUAAAAAAGCUCCACAUUGAAGAUGCAGCAUUUUUAAUCAUUGAUACAGCAUCAUUGAAAGAUGCUCAGAAAGGAGAAUGUUCUAAACUGACAGAGAUUAACACCCAUAUAAAGGAUACAAAUUACAAAUGGUUUGUGACUCCAGACAAGAAGGUUUACGCAAAAACAUUGCAAAAUCCAGACAUGAAAAAUAGAGAUACAUAUUGCAUUACUGUGUUUCAAAAGGAUGGACAAAAUACAUAUCAUUUUAAGAAUACUAAAAAUAAUCUCUACUUCGCAAACGACAACGGCAAAUUUAUUUUAAAGCCGAAAAACAACAGAAAUAUUUUCCAUUGGACAAUCUAUAUCAUGUGGUCUCUAGACUCUGAUCGGACCUGAAAGGGGACUAGCAGCACAAAAUGACUUGAAAGGGAACUACAACCGGCUAAAACAAUGAUUUCCCAGCAAUAGAAAAUAAGACAGCAGAUUAAUGUUUUGUAAUAUUAUUUAAUUAUGUAUGACAUAUAUUGUAAGUUUUAUAGAUUGAUUUUGAAAUUUAUAUGCACAAACAAAUGUUAACUUUUUAAACGUUUGUAAACCUGUAUUUCCUCCAAUGGGGAAACAGGUAGCGUUACCAAUCAUGUAUUUAAAGACCGCCUGCGUAGCGGUAAGUUAUGCUUUUGGUUUGUAAAGCACUUUUAUGCACUUUUAUUGCUUUUGACAAAGACGGAUGGGUCCGUAGAAACGUGUUGGGCUAAAAUAAAAUACAGUUUUUUAUCAGAAAA